AUGCUGAACUUUGAAGAUGUUGAGGAGAGAGACGGUGUCCGUUUGUCAUGGAACGUAUGGCCGUCAUCGCGCAUAGAGGCGACCAGGACCGUCGUCCCCAUCUCGGCACUCUACACCCCCCUAAAAGUCCGUGAGGAUCUUCCGCCCGUGCUCUACGAGCCGGUCGCGUGCAAACCGCCUUGUCGGGCGAUUCUCAACCCCUACUGCCAAAUUGACAUCCGAGGAAAGCUCUGGAUCUGCCCCUUCUGCUUGUCGCGCAACGCCUUCCCACCGCACUACAAGGACAUCUCAAACACCAACCUGCCUGCGGAGCUGCUGCCCAAGUAUACGACCAUCGAAUACACCCUCGCCCGACCAGCCCAGGUCCCGCCUAUAUUCCUCUUUGUGGUCGAUACUUGCUUGGACGAAGAAGAUCUCAAGGCGCUGCGCGAUGCCAUCGUAGUCAGCUUGAGCUUGAUUCCGCCAUAUGCGCUGGUGGGCCUAAUCACCUACGGAACGAUGACGCAAGUGCACGAGAUUGGGUAUGCAGAGUGCAGCAAGUCAUACGUGUUCCGAGGCGGGAAGGAGUAUUCGCCAAAGCAGAUCCAGGACAUGCUCGGGUUGACCUCGCAGAACCGGGCUGCGCCGCGCCCAGGGCAGCCAAUGCCGCAGUCUGCGUUUGGAGCUGCUCGUUUCCUGAUGCCCGCCCAGCAGUGCGAGUUCCAGCUGACGGGUAUCCUCGAGUCCCUCCAGCGGGAUCCCUGGCCAGUCGCGAACGACAAGCGGCCCCUGCGGUGCACGGGCGUUGCUCUGAGUGUUGCCGUUGGCCUCCUGGAGACGACGUAUCCCAACACUGGUGCCCGUAUUAUGCUAUUCGCUGGAGGACCAGCGACUGAGGGCCCUGGUAUGGUCGUCAGCAAUGAGCUCAAAGAGCCCAUCCGGUCACAUCACGACAUUGAUCGUGAUAGUGCCAAGCACUACAAGCGGGCAAUCAAGUUCUACGAAGCAUUGGCAAAGCGGGUCUCCAACAAUGGUCAUGCAGUGGAUUUGUUCGCUGGAUGCUUGGAUCAAGUCGGCUUGUUGGAAAUGAAGUCGCUGCCCAAUUCGACAAACGGCGUCAUUGUGCUCUCCGACUCAUUCGCAACGUCGAUCUUCAAGCAGAGUUUCCUUCGCAUCUUCAACAAAGAUGAUCAAGGCCACCUGCAAAUGGGCUUCAAUGCCACCUUCGACGUUCAGACCACCAAAGAACUCAAGGUCUCCGGUCUUAUCGGACAUGCUAUUUCCGCCGCCAAGAAGUCUGCCUGCGUUGGAGAGACAGAAAUCGGUAUUGGUCAAACAUCGGCGUGGAAGAUCAACACCCUCACGCCACGUACUGCUACCGCCGUCUACUUCGAGGUUGUGACGCCUGCUGGUCAACCACUGCAACAAGGAUCUCGCGGCCUCAUCCAAUUCGUCACACACUACCAACAUUCUUCUGGUCAACAAAGACUACGGGUGACCACCAUCGCGCGUAACUUCGCCGAGGCAGGCUCGCCCAGUGUUGCGGCCUCCUUUGACCAAGAAGCAGCAGCCGUCCUGAUGUCGCGAAUCGCUGUCUUCAAGGCAGAGAUCGAUGACUCGCCAGAUGUCCUUCGGUGGUUGGACCGUAUGCUUAUUCGCCUAUGCCAGAAGUUCGCGGAUUACAGGAAAGAAGACCCGACGAGCUUCAGGUUGACCGACAACUUCAGUAUCUAUCCUCAAUUCAUGUUCCACCUUCGUCGGAGUCAGUUCUUGCAGGUUUUCAACAACAGUCCGGACGAGACCGCUUUCUAUCGCCACGUUUUGAACGAAGAAGACGUCAACAACUCGCUAAUUAUGAUCCAGCCCACACUCAUGUCCUAUACUUUCGAUACUCCACCACAACCUGUGCUUCUAGACAGCGUCUCGAUCAAGCACGAUGUUAUCCUGCUUCUCGACACGUUCUUCCAUAUCUUGAUCUUCCAUGGCGAGCUCGUCGCGCAAUGGCGGAAGCAGGGCUACCAAGAUCAGGAGGGAUACGACAACUUCAAGGAGCUGCUCGAGCUGCCUGUUGCUGAUGCCCAAGAUCUCCUCGUUGACCGAUUCCCUGUACCGCGGUACAUUGUGUGCGACCAAGGCGGCAGUCAAGCGCGGUUCUUGCUAUCCAAGCUCAACCCGUCAACAACACACAUGUCCGCGACGAUGUAUGGAUCGACGCCUGGAGCUGGCGCAGGUCAGGCGAUUUUCACCGAUGACGUCAGCUUGCAGGUCUUCAUGGAGCAUUUGAAACGACUGGCCGUCGGCGCGCAAACAAAUUGA